ACCAAAGAGGAUUCACCUUAAACAUGAACCAUCGGCAUGCUGAUUCCCAAUCGACACAUCAGCUUUGCUUGUCUAUAGCUCAUGAUGUUCGGCUCUUUGAGCCUCAUGCAGAAGACAUACUGACCGAUGAAGACCUUCUCGAUCUUUUCCGCAUUGUGAAGCAAGUGCUUCGAAAAAAGCCUGAUUCUGACAAGCUGGCCAAGUUGCUGUUUUGUGUUUCAUAUGCUCUUGGUGAUCAUGUCAAGUUUUUCAAACCAUUGCAUGAAGACAAGAUUCUAUUCCGAGAAGAUGCCAAUGCUGUCGUGAAUGCGGUUCGGUUGCCUAGUAACAGUUCCUGUUGUGGAGGAGGAGAAAAAUGGAUGGAUUCAACCUCGGUGUCAUCCAAAUCUUCGGCCGCCUCUCCCACUUCCUCCCUUUCCAGACUGUUAUCUGUGUCCUAUCUUACACAGCAUCAACCGUCCAGUGCAACCUCCAGUGCAGUGACAUCCACCGCUUCUUCGACUAACCCGGUGCCAGAUACCAUGGUCCCCGCAGAGUUGCCCUCUCAUCCUUUACUUUCCUCGGCCGACGAUACCUCAACAGACGCUUACACUGUACGUCCUUACACUAAUUUUAGACCAUUGUAUUUUCCCACAACCGCGCCUUCACCCGGUCGUACCUCGAUGUCUGCCACCACCUCCACCCAUUCUCAGCCCCGCACUCCACCUCCCGUUCUCCCACAGCAUCAACAUCAGCCACAUCACCACCUCCACCAUUUACCUCUUCCUACCCAUCCCAUUUCUCAGGAACGCUUAUCGCAGUCCGCGUUUAAAAGCCCGGCCGAGAUGCGCGCACCUUUUCCUCCGUCGACCGAUCUUCAUCUACGGAAAACGAGCAAUGGAACCGACGAAGUGUUGAUGGAACCGAAGCAACGUGGAUUUUAUUACCAAGAUGGCCGUAUUGCACGCGAACCGGUUCUUUUGCAACGAUACGCUGAACAAGGUAUCUUGACGCAGGCGUCAUUGAUGCGCAAACGUAAAAGGCAAUCGACCGAUUCCAGCAUGCCUUUUGAAGCAACAGCCACCCCUCUUCCCACCAAAAAACCUAAAAUACCCCACCGUCACGGUGAAUUCGAACAAAGACGCGAUGAUAUUAUUGCACGCAUGCGAAGCAUCACCAUGGCUGAUCUUGAACAAAAAGCCCAACGGGUGGCGAAUGAUUUUACUUUAUCCAUAGAAGAAGCGCCCGCACUUCCUGAUGAUCUUACUACUGUUACCGCCGAACAAGCUGCCGAAUUGUUGGAUCCGGCUCUAAAAAUUCUCACGACGCAUUCCAACAUGAAACCUCAUUUGGAUAAUGGAAUGAAUCAAAACGGCAUUUAUUACAACACUGAUUACUUCAGACUGUACCUGGCAUUUGAACAGUUUCAGAAAACGUUUGCCGCUCUUUUCCCGAACGAAGUGGUCAAGAUUGCCGAUGACGAAACAUCCGAGAACGGAGAACGCGACAAGGAUAGAGAACGUAAUGCCAACAUGAAAGCCUAUCGUAGUUGGAUUGAACCAUUAUUGUCAGAAACCAACUGGGCAGCCUUCCGUCGUAAUAUCGUCGUCGGUGAACGUAUGAUGCAACUUACAAAAAUUGUUGGCCAGGGCGUGCUGCUAAUGACCAAGGAAUUGAGCGGAUCAAAACUUCACUUGACAUUCACGAAUAACGAAUGGGACGAAUUCGUCUCCGGUCUGAGCUCCGGUCGAUGGGAUAUGACCAUCAAAUGGGAUCAUGCCAUGCCCACUCCUCCGCCACCGGGAUCCAUUCUCGUCAAUGAGCUGCGACAAAAGUUUAAUACGCGUUUCUGGUUCUAUCCUGACGGUCUGAUUGUCGCUCCCAAAGAUCGAAAGAUGGCCAUCGAUGCGGCGGCUCUCCUUGCGACCAAACAAGAACCUCUCCAGGAAAAUGUUACUGUUGAACAGUAACAUCUUAGUUAUUCAAUGGUCACAUGUAUGUAAUUUUAU